AUGGUCGACAUCGCUUCGCCGCUUCGCCUCCCGUGCGGCGUCGUGCUGCCCAAUCGCCUCGCCAAGGCCGCGAUGACGGAGGCGCUCGCCGACGACCUCGGCCGCGCGACGCCCGAGCUAGCCUCGCUCUACGCGCAGUGGAGCGACGGCGGCUCGGGGCUGCUCGUCACGGGCAACGUCCAAGUCGACCGGCGGUACGUCGAGCGGCCGGGCAACGUGUGCAUCGACGGCGCGCAGGACGACGCCGCGCGCGCUCGCCUCGCCGCGUGGGCGCGCGCGGCGAAGGGCACGGGCGCCGCCGCGGUGAUUGCGCAGAUCUCGCACGCCGGCCGGCAGUCCAACGGCAUGGUCAACAUGGCGCCGGUCGGGCCGGGCGACGUCGCGAUGACCGAGAUGCCGUCGGGCUUCUUCGGCGUGCCGCAUGCGAUGACGGCCGCCGAGGUCGAGGAGGUCGUCGCGCGCUUCGCCCACGCGGCAAAGGUCUGCGCCGAGUGCGGCUUCGACGGCGUCCAGCUGCACGCGGCGCAUGGCUACCUGCUCUCCUCCUUCCUCAACCCGCGAGCCAACAACCGCGCCUCGCUCUUUGGCGAGGGCGACCCGUACCACGCGGGCGAGCUGACGCGGCGCGCGAGGCCGCUGAUGGACGCGGUCCGCGCGGUGCGAGCGGCGUGUGGCCCGGCGUUCUGCAUCUCGGUCAAGCUCAACUCGGCCGACUUUCAAGAAGGCGGGCUGACCGCGGACGAGGCGAGAGAAGUCGCCCUCGCUCUGCAGCGCGAAGGAGUCGACCUGCUCGAGCUCACCGGAGGAAACUACGAGAGCGGCAUCUACUUUGACGAGACCGCGGGCAAACGCGAGUCGACGCGCCUGCGCGAGGCGUACUUCCUCGAGUAUGCCGUCGGCAUCCGCGCGGCGCUCGACGCAGCGGCUCCGCCGACGCUCCCGCUCCUCGUCACCGGCGGCUGGCGCACCGCGCGCGCAAUGCGCGCCGCGCUCGCCUCCGGCGAUUGCGACGUGAUCGGGCUCGGCCGCCCGCUCUGCGGAGACCCUCGCGGCGCGGCGAAGCUGCUCGACGGCACGCUGAGCGCGCUCCCGCGCCUCGAGGAGAGCCUGCACGCCGGCCCGACGAGCUGGCGGUGGCUCCGCCGCGCGCCGCUCAAGCUGCUGCGGCUGCUGCCUCUCCUCGGCCAGCAGUCGUGGUACUACUGCUCCAUCCUCGCGCUCGCGCGCACCGGCGCGCCCGCCGAAGGCGUCGGCCCGCUGCGCGCCAUCGUGCAGAAUUUGGCGCACGAGUUUGUGCUCGCGCGCCGCCUGCGAGGGGUCGCGUGCCGCGGCUCUGUCCACGCGGGCACGUUCGCGGCCGACGAAGGUAGCGCCGCGCCGCGGCCUCGCAGGCUGUUGGCGAGCGCCGCCGCGCUCGCGGGCGUGCUCGCGAUCGGGUUUGCCCUAGCCCAGAGUAGGAUGCUGCAUGUCUAG